CUUUUGUGUUGUCAAGCUCUUACACCACACACUGUGGAUGAUCCUGACUCAGCAGCCACCAAGCAGCUGGUAAACCCAGACCGUGUACACAGACAUGGAGAUCCUUAUGAUUUAGUGACAUUAGCCCAAGAAGUACAGAAGGCAGAUCAGUUUGUAAGAUGCGCUGCUAGUAAUAAACUUAUCCUGAUUGCUGAACAGAUUCGACAUCUUCAAGAACAGGCAUGUUUAUUAUUGUUGAAUGUUACUAACUUGUUUGUAUUGUAUCACGUUAGGAUUUUGGUUUUGUGGUUUCCAGUUUUCACGGACAGAAGAAAAUCACUACCAAGUUCAAUUUUAUAAUGAACUAAUUGGAAUACAUUUGCUUGUAUUUUACGGGUAUUCAGAAACUAUACCCAGCAUCAUCAUAAUAAUAGUAAAUGCAAGUUUUGUACGAUAACUCCAGUUAAUCUGACACUUGGUCAGAGGUUUUUCAUUGUGCUUGCUGGAACAAGCAAUGUGAUCAAAGUGAAUUUCUGGUUAAUUAUUAUUUUAUCCUAUUUUGUUGCUCAAAUUCUCUUAGCCCAACGUCAUAUCCUAACUUAGAUUGAAGGAUUAGUCCUUAAAAGUUUCUGACUCAUCAUAAGAGGAAAGGCUCAAUGGAAAUGAAGAAUCAAAUUACAGUACAAUCCUCAUAUCUGGAACCCUCAGUUUAUUGAAUCUCAAAACAUUAAAUUCAAGACAAAAUUUCAAAUAUUGUUAUGGUACAGUGUAUCUUCAAUUUUCAAACCUCCUGAUAAUCUAGUCUCAUUCACAGCAGCUCUUGUAGGAGUCACACAAUGCUAUCCAUCCCUAUGCCUUUUUGGUUAGGGGGGAGGGGGGGGAGAAAAUUGUGUGACCCCAGCCUGAGUGGCUGUGAAGGACACUAGUUUUAAACACAAUAUACCACAAAAUCUAAUUUUUCAAUUACAACUGACAAUGAAGGAAAAUGCAUCACAUGCAGUGUUGUGCACUUAUUGUAUGAGAUUAUUUCUUAGACCUUUUUCUCCUCUAGAAUUGAUUUUUUAAGGAUUUCAUGAGACGUGGGUUAUUUUUAGUUGGUCCUAUGACUGACUGUUUCGUUCCUGUUUGCAGCUUUAGGGCUGUGUUGUUUAAUAGACAAUAAGAGUGUAGCAACUCAUGUUCUCACUGUUUGUAGUUAAAGCCCGGUGUAAACGGACGCAACAUUGUUGGCCAACAACUCCCAGCAUUGUCAAAUGUUACAUGUUGUGUCUGCUGCAUGUUGUUGUGCAAAGUUUGAAACUGGUCAAACUUUUAGCUAGUUGCAAACGAACAGAGCAACUCCCAACAAUGUUGCAUCUGUUUGCACCUGGUGUAACACAGAGAGCAGAGCUUGAGCCAGGUGAUGGACUUUGGCAUUUUCACAAAAACAUCAAAUUCAUUGUGGUGUAAUGUUAGUGUCUUUUGCCAAAUGAAUAGUUUAGAUGCUCCUUUUCUUCUUGAGUGGCUGCAAUAUUAAAUUUAAUUUUGUUAUUUGUAUAAGCAGAGUACUACUCUUGGUUUCCUUAAAAUCAAUUUAAGUCAUUAUUUCAAGAACACAGUUAAUAUGUAUAUCUUUAUUUUAACAGGCAAAAAAAGUCUUAGAGGAGACAAAGCGAGAUGCUGAACUUCAUCAUGCUGCUUGCAACUUUAAGAAGAGACCAGGGCAAAUGUAUUAUCUUUACAGAAGGAACAAUGGAACAACUUACUUCUCAAUGCUCUCACCAAAGGUACAA